CACGGUGAAUGUACUUUUAUAAUUUUUAAUUGGAGGGGAGAAUAUAAAGUAAAAGUGUCAGUCUAUUUUGAAGUUGGAAACAAGAAUGAAGUAUUUUAUCACAGGAUUUCUCCUCUUUGGAGUCAGUCUCGUAGUGGCAGACGUAAAAUCAAAAUUUGAGGAUGCAAAAAUUGUUUCGGACAUUUUGGACUCAGCACCGACUGAUUUAAUUGAGGUAAAAUAUGGGAAUAUAACAGUCGACCUUGGAAAUGAAUUGACACCAACGGAAACAAAAAAUAUCCCUCAUAUUGAUUACAAGCAUGACGGAGGUCUUCUCUAUACUUUGUCAAUGACAGAUCUUGAUGCGCCAGUUAGGGGCUAUAAUCGUGAAUGGCAACAUUGGCUUGUUGGUAACAUUCCCGAAAAUAGUGUGGCAAAAGGAGAAGUUUUAACAGAAUAUUUUGGUCCAGCGCCGCCUAAAAAUGCCAAACCACAUAGAUACGUUUUUUUACUUUUUAAACAAAAUCAAGGUGCCAUCACAUUCGACGAAAGGCGUCUUAGUAACAGAGACAAAAUGAGAAAUAGAUUUUCGAUAAAGAAAUUCGCUGAAAAGUACAAUUUGGAAGGACCAAUUGCCGGAAAUUUUAUGAGAGCAAAAUAUGAUGAUUAUGUACCAACUGCUCUCAAACAAUUGGGUAUUUUUUAAAUUUCUUUGAUAUAUUUUUAAUUUUUAAAAAAUCAAAUGAAUUAUAUUUAGACACAAAAUAAUUGAGGAACAUUCACUUUUAUUUUAUUUUUUUUUUUUGAUAUAAAACACUUAUUUUGUUACGCUAUCGCAAUGAAUAUCACCAUGUUAUACUUAUAAUGAAAUAUUAACAAAGUUAAUAUUUAUGAAUUUCUAUACACACAUUCUCAAAAAAAAGUGUAUUCUAUAGUCUAAACAAUUAUAAUAUGAAAAAAUUUCUUGCAAAAAACAUAUAGAUCUUUAGAAAACACUCAUUCACUUUUUUAAAUUUCAAUUUUCUAAAUGUACAUAUA